AUGGUGGUCACAAAUAUACCAGAAAAUGCACCCGCACAUUGCCCGGGGCCUGACACAGAGCAAGCAGGUAAAGCUUCGGCGUGUGCAGGCUGUCCUAACCAAAAUAUAUGUGCAACUACUCCAAAGGGGCCUGACCCAGCCAUUCCUCUUAUCAAUGAAAGAUUGCAUCAAGUGAAACAUAAAUUAUUAAUUUUAUCCGGGAAGGGCGGAGUGGGAAAAAGUACGUUUACUUCGCAACUCGCAUUCGCAUUCGCUAGUGACGAAAAUACCCAGGUGGGCGUAGUAGACAUUGAUGUGUGUGGACCAUCGAUUCCAAAGAUUAUGGGAUUAGAAGGAGAACAAAUACAUCAAAGCAUGUCAGGAUGGUCACCUGUAUACGUACAGGAUAACUUGGGGGUGAUGUCUAUCGGAUUUAUGUUGCCUGAUCCGGAUGACGCUGUUAUUUGGCGAGGACCAAAGAAAAAUGGAUUAAUCAAACAAUUUUUAAAGGAUGUUGAUUGGGGAGAACUUGACUUCCUUUUGGUAGACACACCACCAGGUACAUCAGACGAACACCUAUCGAUAACACAAUAUCUGAAAGAAAGUGGAAUCGAUGGUGCAAUAUUGAUAACAACGCCGCAGGAGGUAUCGAUUCAAGAUGUACGAAAGGAAAUCGAUUUCUGUCGAAAAGUGAAGAUACCAAUUAUUGGCGUGUCAAACCUCUACAACGAAGGCGAGAGUCACACUAUAGUCACCAUUUAA